UGUUCCGGCAUCUCUGCCGAAAGUGGAGGAUCUGACGCACCAACAUAGGUUUCACAUUGGAGUGGUACAUGACAGUUAAGUAAUUUAAGUUGAGCACGGAAAAGAAAUCAAAAAGAGAGGUUUCUGCAUUGGAUAAAGUGCAGUUAUGUCGCUGAAUGCGACCGCCGAGGAAAAAAAUGGCACGUCCACAGGGUCAACAGAUGACAUUCUGAAAUCAACGGGGAAUGACGAGCUUAAAUUUGGCCUGUUGAUCAGUUUGUUGAAGGUGGAUCAAGUUCCCAAUAAAGAUGUUGUGGACACAGUAUUGCAUUUGCUGGUGGGAGGAGAGUUUGACAUCGAGACAAACUUCAUCAUCCAGGAGCCUCAGAAUAUUCUUCACAUGUUACGAGUCUUCUCCAGCUGUUCUGUAACGUUACAGGCUGAAAUAUGGAGUGUUUUUACUGCAAUGUUAAAGAAGAGUCGGAGGAACUUACAGGCAUGUACAGAGGUGGGGCUGAUAGAACACGCACUCAAUCUGAUGAAGGAUGUGGAUGAUGUUAUAGCAGAUCUGCUGGUGGACAUGCUGUCUACACUGGCCAGUUACAGCAUCACUGUCCGAGAACUGAAAAUGUUGUUCUCCAUCUUGGAGGCCUCAGAGGGGGAGUGGCAAAGACAUGCAGUGAAGUUACUGUCUGUUUUACAAGUGAUGCCUCAGAGGGAGGGUCCUGACGAGUUCUUUAGCUUCCCUGGGAAAAAGGGAUCAUUUAUCGCCCUUCCUCCUAUAAAAACCUGGCCUUACCAGAAUGGAUGGACAUUUACAUGCUGGUUACGACUAGACCCAGUUACGGGAGUCACGGUGGAGAGAGAAAAACCAUACCUAUACUGUUUUAAAACCAACAAAGGGGUUGGAUAUUCUGCACAUUUUCUGGGAAAUUCUCUGGUCAUCACAACCAUGAAAAUCAAAGGCAAAGGUUUCCAGCACUGUGUCAAAUAUGACUUUCAGCCCAGGAAGUGGUACAUGGUGACAGUGGUACAUGUAUACAACCGCUGGAGUAAAUCAGAGCUGCGGUGUUAUGUUAACGGAGAAAUCGUGUCCAGCACAGACAUCUCCUGGCUCGUCAGCACCAGUGAUCCAUUUGACAAAUGUGUUCUGGGUGCCAGUUCUGAGGGAGAGACAGAUCAUAUGUUCUGUGGUCAGAUGUCUACUGUUUAUCUAUUUAGUGAGGCCCUCACACCACAACAAAUAUCAGCCAUAUUUUAUCUAGGACCAAGUUACAAGAGCCAGUUUCGCUUUGAAAAUGAAAGCGGUUUGGGAACUGUUGUGGUCAACAAAAGACUGCUGUAUGAUGGGAAGUUGACAUCUUUGAUUGUGUUCAUGUAUAACCCUAUAGCCUGUGAUGGCCAGCUAUGUCUGGAAUCAGCACCUAAAGGAAAUGUCUCCUAUUUUGUCCAUGUUCAACAUGCUCUCAUGUCUGGGGAUGUUAAGGCUGUGAUAACACAUUCCAUCUACAGUACGCUUCAUUCACUUGGGGGAAUCCAGGUUGUGUUCCCAUUGUUUGGUCAAUUAGACAUGCCAGUGAGGAAGGGAGAGAACUCCUCUAGUGAAGUGGAUUACUCCAUCUGUUCCAAGUUGAUGCACAUUGUAAGCAGUUUGAUGGAGAGCUCUGUCACUAUACAACAACAGAUGAUGCAGAAUCGUGGCUUCCUGGUGAUAGGUUACUUGCUGGAGAAGGCCAGCAGGGAACACGUGACUCCAGCUGUUCUGGAGAUUUUCCUGAGACUGACCAAUUAUCUGGUUGCCCUACCCACAGGAAGUGUUAUCUUAAAACACUUGUUUGAUCAUAUUUUAUUCAACCCUGCCCUCUGGAUCCACUCAAGUGUAGAGGUCCAGACCAAGCUGUAUUGCUAUCUGGCUACGGAGUUUAUCAACAAUGCCCAGAUUUAUAACAACAUCAGACGAGUCAGCGCUGUACUACAGACCAUGCACACCCUGAAGCUGUAUUACUGGGUGGUCAACCCCGCUGACAGGAGUGGGGUGGUACCUAAAGGGACUGAUGGCCCUAGACCAAACUAUGAUGAGAUUGUUAAGUUACGAUCCUUUAUGCUGAUGUAUUUGAAACAGCUCUUGUUGAAAGGGGCAGGGGUACAGGAAGAAGAACUCCAGAGUAUUCUCAAUUAUCUGUCCACUCUGCAUGAGGAUGAUAAUUUGAUGGAUGUUUUGAAGUUGACUGUUGAGCUAAUGGCAGAACACCCUAUGUCUAUGGUGCCCUCUUUUGAUAAGAAAGGUGGAAUAAGAACAAUUUUUAAGCUGCUGGCAUCCCCUUCAGAAGAGUUAAGGAUCCAGUCCCUAAAACUGCUAGGAUUCUGGCUAAUGAGAAGUACACACAAGAGAUCACCUAUGCAGAUGAUAAAAAUACUUUUUACUCGGUCAUCAGUCAAAAGUCACUUCAGGAGAAAAUCGGAUGCCCUCGGGCCACACAACUUGUUCUCCUUGAUAGGAGAGCGCCUAAUGCUGAAUGUGUCCACCAUAACAAUGCCUAUAUACAAUGUCCUGUUUGAGCUUCUAACAGAAAGAAUGACAUUGGAGACUUGUACAAAAAAACAUACAGAACCAGAGUCAACGAUCAAAAUUGAAAAUUCUGCUAUUCUUAAGGUGGUGGCGACCAUGAUCCGCCAGUCUAAGCUUAGUCCAGUUGUUAUGGAGGUCAAACGCUGCUUCCUGUCGGAUCUGACCAUACUGUGUAACAACAACAGGGAUAACAGAAGAACUGUGCUGCAGAUGUCUGUGUGGCAGGACUGGCUGUUCACUCUAGCAUACAUCUACCCUCGUAAUGAGGAGGAACAGAAGAUUACAGAUAUGGUAAUGGCAUUGUUUAGGAUGCUUCUACAUCAUGCUGUCAAGUUUGAGUUUGGGGGAUGGAGAGUUUGGAUUGAUACUCUAGCUAUUCUGCACUCAAAGGUUGCCUACGAAGAUUUCAAAAUUCAUAUGUCCAAGAUGUAUGACCAUUAUGUCAAGGUUAAAGCUGAUGACAUUGACCCCCAAGAACGAGAUCAGCACCCAGUCAGUACUGUGUCUGGUGUAUCAGACAGAGUCCUUAAUAGACCGAUACCAAAAAGUACUGUCAAGGUGACAGAAAUUCCAGAGGAAAGUGAAGAAACAGAGGACUCAAAUUUGAACAAUGCUGGUAAGCUGACCAAUGGUGAAGUGGGGGAACCCAGCGAGGAGGAUCCAAGCAGUGAGGUCAAACAAUUUCUGGAGGAUAUAAUUAAUGAUGUUGUCCAGAAGGUGGAGGCAAAGAAACCACAGGCUGAGGCCAGAGAGCCACCACAACAGGAAGUGAUAGAGCAAGAGUCGUCUGAAGGUCGUCCAACAGUCAGGAGGUCGGCAUCCUUAGACAGACCCAGACCAGCUGAGACAAAGAAAUAUCCCACUCGCUCACAGUCAUUUAGGGAGGGAGGAACUAAAAUGUUUAGUACAGGCCCUCGUGCCCCUCCCUUUAGAAUCCCAGAGUUUAGAUGGUCAUCUCUACACCAGAAACUUCUGUCUGAUCUGUUGUUCUCAAUAGAAACUGAUGUACAAGUCUGGAAAAGCCACAGUUCAAGGACAGUGAUAGAUUUUGUAAAUGCCAGUGAGAAUCAUGUGUAUGUAGUGAAUGUCACCCACAUGAUUUCCCAGCUGGCUGACAACCUGAUUACAUCCUGCGGAGGGUUACUUCCCCUGCUGGCUGCUGCCACCUCACCAAGUGGGGAAGUGGAGAUUUUGGAACCUACCCAGGGCCUGAGUAUUGAGCAGGCUGUCUCAAUCCUUCAGAGGAUCAUGAAUCUGACUGAUGUACUCAUAUUUGCCAGCUCCACUAACUUUGCUGAGUUGGAACAGGAAAAGAACAUGCCUGCUGGUGGAAUCUUAAGGCAGUGUCUAAGACUUGUAUGUACCUCAGCAGUGAGGAACUGUCUGGAAUGUCGUCACAGAUCACACCUUAGAUCCCCUCCCAGUACACCCACUGCAUCCCCUUCUAGUAGUGUGAGAGGAUCUAGGAAUUUUAAUGGGAUGGAUCCCAUACAAGCUCUUAUUAUGGCUUCACAUCCAACAGAAAAGAAUAUUGUUGAAAAUCUGAAUGAGCAGGCCUCUCCCAUUAAGGACUUUGAUAAGCUGCUACAGGACACAGACAUUAAUAGACUGAGAGCUGUUGUCUAUAGAGAUGUGGAGGAGACAAAACAAGCCCAGUUCUUGGCCCUGGCUAUUGUUUACUUCACCUCAGUGCUGAUGGUGUCUAAGUAUAGGGACAUCCUGGAGCCCCCCAGCCCAGCUGCCACCCCAACAUCACACAGAAUGUCUAUCAACUCCCCCUCAGAUGAGGAGUUUGAUAGUGGGGACAUCACCAGUGAUGGAGAUGUAUCAAGGGAGGUAAUUGAUGGAGAGGAGGCAUCAGCAGACCAAAGCAUGGAGGAAUCUCCAAAAAUGAAGAUCAAAGCCAACAUCAACAUAACAGAUACAACAGAUGAGGAUUCAGCUACAAGGUCAGCUACAGGUAGUGAAGACCUUGACAAAAGUGGGGAUUCAGCACAGCUGGAGGAAGAGGGAGGAAAUGAGGAAGCAGAGAAGGAAACUCCAAGUCAAGAACCAAAACAGGAGGAGCCAAAGGAGGAGGAGACAAAGGAGAAGGCUAAUGCUGAAGAAGAACCAGCCAAGCAAGCAGAGGAAAAGGUGGACAAAGAGGAGAAAGAGGAAAAGGAGGAAGCUGUAGAUGAAGGAAAGGAGGAUGCUGUGGAACAAAAAGAGGAAGAUGAUAAGGAGAAAGUAGAGGAAAAGAAGGAAGUUGGAGGCACAUCAGAGGAAACAACACAGGAGGAAACACAACAAAAGGAACAAGAAGAAGUAAAUGAAGAAAAACCAAGAGCAACAAAGGAAAAUGGGGAGAUUCAAGAAAAUCAUUCUGAAGAAAAGCUGCCCGAAGAACCGUCAUCAGAACCAUCAGCUGGUGCUGAGGUCCAUGGAGACCAUAAAGAAGAUGAGGGCAAAAAAGCUGAAGCCAACAAACCUAUCCAUGCCAUAUCUGUGACUAACAAAGAUGACCGACCUAAACUUGAGAAGCUGCAAAUGCCCAAUAAGAUUCAUGAUACUCUGGCAAACCUGCCUGCUGUAGUAGGGGAACCUACAGGAUCUCUAACAGAGAGACUAGAGAAAGCCCUGGGGUCAGUCUCACCACUGCUGAGGGAAAUCUUUGUGGAUUUUGCUCCAUUCUUGUCCAAGACACUGAUUGGGUCUCAUGGUCAAGAACUUCUCAUAGGAGGUUUGGUGACUUUGAAACAAAGUACAUCAGUGGUAGAACUAGUCAUGUUGCUUUGUUCCCAGGAAUGGCAGAAUUCAUUGCAGAAGCAUGCUGGGCUGGCCUUCAUAGAACUGGUUAAUGAAGGAAGGUUGCUUGCUCAUGCUACCAGAGACCACAUUGUAAGGGUGGCAAAUGAAGCGGAGUUUAUUCUGAACAGAAUGCGGGCUGAAGACGUACAGAAACAUGCAGAGUUUGAGUCACUUUGUGCUCAGACCAUGCUGGACAGGAAAGAAGAGGAAAAAAUGUGUGACCAUCUCAUCAAAGCAGCCAAACGACGAGACCACACGGUAGCCAUUAAAACCCGUGACAAAAUACUCAACAUCCUUACCAACAAACAUGGGGCCUGGGGCAAGCCUGAGACUGAACACGACAGAGAUUUCUGGCGAUUAGACAUCUGGGAGGAUGAUUCCAGAAGAAGACGGAGAUUGAUUAAGAAUCCAUAUGGAUCCACACAUCCAGAGGCCACACUGAAGGCAGCCUUAGAACAUGGAGAGAAUGAAGAUGCCAUUAACCAGGCCAGAGAGGCCUUCCAUGCUCACCUGGCUAAGCUGAAGAGGUCACAGAUUCAGCCAGAUUACACUGACGAGGAAUUGCUAAUGGAGGAGAGAGACAUGGAACCAGAGUUUGCUGGCCCUGUUGCUUUGUCUACAUCCUGUAAGCUUAUAGCCCCGGGAGCAGCCAUUAAUGGAACCAUGUCCAUCACUAAAACAGAGAUGUACUUUGAGAUGGAUGAAGAAAAUGAAGAAAACAAGAAACUUGACCCUAAGGUGUUGGCCUAUGUUGAACAUGCACAUGGGAAAUGGCACUUCAACGAAAUACGGGCAAUCUUCUCCCGCCUGUUUCUGCUGCAGAACGUGGCGAUCGAAAUCUUCAUGGCAAAUAGGACUGCUGUCAUGUUUGCCUUCCCGGACCAUGCAACAGUCAAAAGAGUUGUCAAUGCCUUGCCUCGUGUUGGAGUGGGAGUCAAAUAUGGAUUGCCACAAGCCAGGAGAUUGUCCUUGGCAUCAGGAAAACAAUUGUAUAAACUAUCCAGUAUGACCCAGAAGUGGCAAAGGAGGGAGAUCUCUAACUUUGACUAUCUUAUGUAUCUCAAUACCAUAGCAGGUCGUACAUACAAUGACUUAAACCAGUAUCCUGUGUAUCCUUGGGUAAUUGUGAACUACGACUCGGAUGAAUUAGAUUUGAAACAACCAAGUAAUUUUAGAGAUCUGUCAAAACCAAUUGGUGCUCUGAACCCCACCAGAAGGGAGUUUUUUGAGGAGCGCUACAAUUCUUGGGAACACGAUCAAAUUCCCCCAUUUCACUACGGUACUCAUUACUCUACGGCAGCUUUUACUCUCAACUGGCUCAUCCGAGUAGAGCCAUUUUCUACUAUGUUUUUGAACCUUCAAGGAGGCAAGUUUGAUCAUGCCAACAGAACAUUUAGUUCUGUAACACAAUCUUGGAAGAACUGCCAGAGGGAUACAUCAGAUGUCAAGGAGCUGAUCCCUGAAUUUUUCUUCCUCCCAGAAAUGUUCAUCAAUCAAAACAGAUUCAAAUUUGGUAGACAGGAAGAUGGUGGGGAGGUUAGCGAUGUAGAAAUGCCACCAUGGGCAAAGAACCCUGAUGAUUUCGUCCGAAUUAACAGAAUGGCCUUAGAAUCAGAAUUUGUGUCUUGUCAACUUCACCAUUGGAUUGAUUUGAUAUUUGGAUAUAAACAAAGAGGUCCAGAAGCAGUGCGAUCUACAAAUGUUUUUUACUAUCUUACAUACGAAGGCAGUGUCAACCUAGAAAACAUGACAGACCCUGUCAUGAAAGAGGCAAUAGAGAACCAGAUCCGCAGUUUUGGACAAACCCCCACCCAGCUCCUUACAGAGCCACACCCACCCCGCAGUUCUCUGAUGCACCUGACUCCAAUGAUGUUUUCCACGGUCCAAGAUGAUGUGUGUAUGAUCAUGAAGUUCCUGUCCAAUUCUCCUGUCAUUCACAUCGCGGCCAACACUCACCCCGCUGUCCCUGUCCCCGCCGUCACAACCAUCACCUGCAACCACAACUUUGCCGUCAACAAAUGGAACACUGCCUUUCAACAACAAGGCCCUCCCACAAGUUUCUCCUCAGAUAAGCCUGACCCACAGUUAAAUCUGCCCCUGGCUAUGGACCAACUGUUAGUAACAAACACUGGCCUACAGCGACGAUCAAUGGGAGACAACUUUGACGAGAGAUUAAAACCCACUCAUCAGAGUUUUGUCACAUCAGCUGACAACCGAUUCAUAUUUGCUUGUGGAUUCUGGGACAAAAGCUUCAGAAUUUUUAGCUCUGAUUCAGGAAAGAUCCUCCAGGUUGUGUACGGGCACUUUGAUGUGGUGACCUGCAUUACAAGAUCAGAGUGUAAUCUAAAUCAGGACUGUUACGUUGUCACAGGAUCAAAGGACUGCACAGCCAUGGUGUGGAUGUUUACAUCCCGUAACCAGGCUAUCAUAGGAGACAAUGGAAGCUUAGAACACCCCACUCCAAAGGCCACCCUGACAGGCCAUGAUUCGGAGGUGAUUUGUUGUGCUGUUCUGGCUGAACUGGGGCUGGUACUGAGUGGAUCUAGAGAGGGAGCCUGUUUGGUCCACUCUUUGAAUGGGGACCUCCUGCGAUCCUUGGACCCACCUAAAGGUUGCCUGUCCCCUGAGCUAAUCAUUGUGUCCAGGGAAGGAUUUGUACUGGUCAAAUUUGACCAGGGUCAUAUAUGCAACUUCAGUAUCAAUGGACGUCUUCUACAGAAUGUCAACCACAAGGAUACCAUCCAUACAAUGAUUCUUAGUCGAGAUGGGCAGUACAUGAUGCUGGGUGGUAAUUCUGGCAUCGUAGAAGUCUGGAGGUCACAUGACUUGACCCUUCUAUAUACAUAUCCCCCAUGUGAUAGCAGCAUAAGGUCACUGGCAUUGACCCAUGACCACAAGUUUUUACUGGCAGGACUUGGUACUGGAUGUUUACUGGUGUUCAACAUAGACUUCAACAAGUGGCACCACGAAUACCAAGAGAAGUACUAACAUUCCUCAGUCUAGUCGUCCAACAUUCCAAAGUGUGAUAUCAGCAGGCUGCCAUAACACACAGUAGCUAGAGAAGUCUCUCUCCAUAGGAACGGUUGCAAUGCAAUAUCUCAAGUGUGGAUUUCUUCUGUGCAAUGCUAACUUUGUGAAUUAUAAAUUUUGUAGGGACUUAAAAAUGGUUUUUACUAUACUAUUGUAUAUUGAUAUAGAUGUUUAGUUUAAUGGGAGGGAAACUGUGAUAGGUUUAGUAGAAGAAUAUUUAUUUCAAAAAUGAACAAUUUUCUAUUUUUUCACAAGUGCAGUGAAAAACUGUUUAUAAUUUAUUAUAGAAAUAUGCUUACAAAGUAUAUGUUAUAGAAACAUUCCAAUGAUAGACUGGUGUGAUAUGCUUCUCUGAUUGUAGGAGAAUAUUAGACGUAUGGAUUUUAUUCAGUUCUAAACUGAAAUUUAUUACCAAAAGAUAUGUAUUCUGUGAAAUUUUUAUAUUUUUUUUUUUUGCAUGCACCUAAACAUAAGCAAAACAUUAACAUUCAAGUGCUAAUGUAUUCUUUUUCAUAUUCUAGAACUUUUCAUUGUUAUUAUGACCACUGAAGUCCAAAUCAUAGCAACUUUACACACUGUGAAAUACAUGUUGUUUCGUUACUGAACAAAAUGAAUAUGAAAUUUUUUUUUUUCUUGUAGAGGUACAAUUUUUAUAUGAUUAACAGAAGUCAAACAUUAAAUGAGUGAUAAGGAAUUCUGUAAACAUAUCAUUAUCAUCCCUCAUAGCGUGUUUGGUUGUGUACUCUCUAACCAUUUGUCUGCUUGUAUAUUUAGUGCAUUAUGCUGGAUUUGUAAGGGGACUGCGAUUUGUUGUUAUAAAUAGAAUCAUAGCUAAUAAACUAUAACAUUGAUAA